GCUUGUAGCCGCUGGUGUGGUCACAGAGGAGCUGUUUCUCCGAUGGUAGGAGCAAAGAUGCAUUAAAUUAAAACAAAAAGAAAAGCGCGAGGACAAUGGGACUCGCAACUAACGUUGUGGCUGUAGUCGGCGGCGUCAUAACUGGUGUCAUGAAUUUUUUUACUGAUAUAUUUCUGACACCCCCGCUGAAGGCCACUCUCAAGCAUUUGGAGGAGACUGAGCUCAAAACUUUGAAAGGAGAAACAAGGACCGUGAAAGCCAGAUCUCUGUGGGAGGGGUCUGGAGCCGUCAUCAUGGCAGUGCGGAGACCUGGAUGAUUUUUGUGCAGAGAGGAGGCCGCAGCGCUGUCCUCUCUGAAACCCCAGCUUGAUGAGCUUGGGGUCCCUCUGUACGCUGUGGUGAAGGAGGAUGUCGGCACCGAGGUCCAGAGCUUCCGACAGUACUUCAAGGGGGAGAUUUUCUUGGAUGAAAAGAGGCGUUUUUAUGGACCUCGCGAGCGGAAGAUGGGUCUCCUGGCAUUCCUGCGUGUUGGGGUGUGGAUGAACGGCCUGAGGGCCUUUAAGAAUGGCUUCAUGGGAAAUGUUUUGGGAGAGGGCUUUGUCCUUGGUGGGGUCUUCGUCAUUGGACAAGGCCAGCAGGGUAUACUUCUGGAGCACAGAGAGAUUGAAUUUGGAGAUAAAGUCAACAUUGGAGAUGUCAUCCGAGCUGCCAGAAGAAUAUCAGGAGAACUCAUGUCUUUAGAGCAGUAAUGCUUUGUAUGAACUCUGGUGAAUAAGAAGCUCAUAUCUGUUUAAACCCAUGUUCUUGACCAGUUAAUCACCUUGACAAACUAAUGCCUUUCAGAGCAAGAAAGAACCAUACCACUAUAUGAAUGAUAUAUGUUGAAAAUGUUUGAAUUGCAGUGUAGAGGAUCUGGUUAUGUAUGAGAAAAGGAAUGUUAAAGUGCACAACUGUGAGUUUGACAUACUGGUCUCGGGAAAACCUGGAUGCUUUUAGCAGUAUGACUGCGUAGUAAAAGACUCUUGAGUGUGUUAAUGAUGGUCUGUCUUUAAACUCAAGAGAAAGCAGACCUGAUGUCUAACACUGAGUUUCCAGUGUUACUCUGUGAUACUGCUGCAUUAUCUUGGGACCCAAGAGAACUUUGACCAAUAAAACACGGCUUUGUGCUCUA